AAGUCCAGUUCUAACCCACAAAGUGCUCGGUUUAUUGGAGACAGUUGUUCAAGAUUCGUGAAACUGUAGAGAUGACACUCGGAAUGCUGCUUUCGCUGUUUGUUGUCCUGCUGGCAUUAAUUUAUGUCCUGUUGAGACGACACUAUUCCUAUUGGCGACGUCGUGGCGUGCCGGAGCUACGUCCUUGCAUGCUGCUGGGGAAUCUAGGCGGGAUACUGAGUAUGCGGAGUAGUCCGGCCGACUUCAUUUGCGAUCUCUAUAAUCAUCCGGAUGCGCAGGAUAAGCCAUUUGUGGGCAUACAUGUGUUCCACAAGCCGGCGCUGCUGUUGCGGGAUCCAGAAUUGAUUAAACGCAUUAUGAUCAAGGAUUUUCCAAAGUUCUCUGAUCGCUACUCAAAUUCCGAUUAUAAAGGUGAUCCGCUUGGUUCACAGAACAUAUUCUUCCUGAAAAAUCCAGCAUGGAAGGAGGUGCGUCUGAAGCUGUCGCCGUUCUUCACCAGCAACCGAUUGAAAAACAUGCUUCCGCUGAUCGAUGAAGUUGGCUGCAACCUGGAUGCAUAUCUGCGACAACAGCCGCUGCACAAUGAGCGCAUGCGAUGCUUCGAUCUGGAGGCCAAGGAGCUGUGUGCUCUGUUCACCACAGAUGUGAUUGCGACGGUGGCAUAUGGAGUGCAGGCCAAUAGCUUCACACAGCCCAAUAGCGAGUUUCGUCGUCAUGGUCGCGCAGUUUUUCAGUUCAGCUUAAAGCGUGCCGCGGAGUUUACUUUGGUGUUCUUCAUGCCACAAAUGGUGCCCCAUCUGGGCUUUAAGGUGGUACCAGCCGAGGCCACCAAGUUCCUGCGCAACACCAUCAAUUAUGUAAUGGCCGAAAGGGAGAGAUCCAAUCAAACCCGUAACGAUCUGAUCGACCUACUCAUUGAUUUUAAGAGGAGCACACAAAAAGCCAAAGCAGAUGGCAGGACGGAUCAAUUUGUGUUCGAGGGCGAUAUCCUGGUUGCCCAAGCAGUACUCUUCUUUACCGCCGGCUUCGAGUCCUCCUCAUCCACGAUGUCCUUUGCUAUGUACGAGUUGGCCCGCAAUCCGGAAGUGCAGCAACGUUUGCGACAAGAGAUAAAAGACGCCUUAAUUGCAAGUGAUGGACGCAUCACCCAGCAGCUGAUUGAGUCCUUAGAAUACAUGCACAUGAUACUGCAGGAAGUGCUGCGCAUGUAUCCACCAUUGCCGUUCCUUGAUCGCGAGUGCACCCUGGACCAAGGCUACCCACUAUCGCCAUUCCACGAGUUCAAAGUGCCCAAAGGCAUGCCCAUCUAUAUUCCCGCCUAUGCUCUGCACAUGGAUCCUCAGUACUUUCCCCAGCCUCGUCAAUUCAAACCGGAACGUUUCUCCCCCGAAAACCGCAAACUUAUUAACCCCUACAUCUACAUGCCCUUUGGCUUGGGGCCUCAUGGCUGUAUUGGUGAGCGUUUUGGCUUUCUGCAGGCUAAGGUGGGUCUAGUCUACAUGCUGCGCAAUCAUCUGGUGACCACAUCAGAGCGCACUCAGCGACGCAUGAAACUCGAUCCCAAAGCUAUCAUUACUCAGGCUAAAGGCGGCUUACAUGUACGACUUGUACGUGAUUCCCUAGGAGUCUAGCAACUUACUUGGACGUGGACUUGAACUCGACGUAGCUCUAGAGGAUUGUUUUUGUACAAAUUUUACCAGUCAGCGAUUCACUUGCAACUGACUUGGGAACUCGCGUGAGAUGUCAAUUUAAAUUAUUUUUGCUACCAGAAUUUGCGUUGACAUCUUUAGAAAUACAUUGUGAUCGAAGAUUCGCGUGUGGCUUGAUCGAAGCACUGCAGUGCGGUAUACACAUACAUAUAUAUUACUAUAUACAAAACAACUCCACUUAGCUUGAAUUUAGAGCCUAACUAAAUGCUAUAUGCCAAUUAUAACUGGGCUCUUUUAAAGUAAAAACAAUUCAAUUGACCGCCAAAUAAAUGCACAAUAUUUUGAACUAGUUGCAAAUCAUCAUUGGUAUCUCUAGAAUUCUGCUCUUAGAAAUACUCAAGACUCUGAGUUUAUAUUUUGCCCUUAAAUAUUUUAUUUCGAAUACUAAAUCUUAAUUAUAUUCAAUUAAGUUUCACAAUCGAUAUAAUUUUUCAUUAUUCUUUUAUUUUAUUUA